AGUAAAAUUGAACUGAAUGCACAAUAUAGAUAUUGAUGGAAUACUUGAGAUUUUUCCAUCUUCUGCUCUGUGCGUUCCAACGCCACAGUGGGAGGAGACAGACCGAGCGCGCGCGCGCGCGCGUUGUCACCGCGGACCGUUUGGCCGCUCGCGCAGUCGCAAGCGCGUGCCUCUCCCUCCUGUCCGUUCCGCGCGCUCCUCAUCCACCGCUCAAGCACAUAACGGUCAGAGCGCGAGAGCUCCAACACCACCCUCUACUGGGGAGAGAGAGGGAUAAAGAGAGAGCGUGUGUAUGUGUGUGUGUGUGCGCGCGCGCGCGUGUGUGUGUGUUUCUCCACGCUCCUUCUGGAAGAGAAGACCUGAGAGUCAGAGCGAGUCCAGAAGGAGAACAGAACACGGACGUUUGACCACAGUUUGGCGUUGUUACCUCACGUCCGCGGGGGUCGACACACGCCGAAAACUGACGACAUGGAUAAAGUUUUAACUUGGUUUGUCACCGCGGUCGGGCUCCUUGUGUCGGUACGCGGACAGGUGUACAGAGGUGUCAUUAAAAUAAUGGCACUAUAACUCAGAAGACGCACACACUUCACUGCAUGUGUGUGGUCACAUCUUCAUCAACUCGCUGCGUACGUGAAUGCACACGUGCGUCCCGCGGGAAGGAUUAGGAUAGAUGAGAGCUAAACGUGAGAUGAUCGGCGAGGGAAGUUUGGUCUCAUACCAGCAGGAAAAUGAAUCAAAUUUAUGCCCGAUGGCGCGACAGGAGCACAGCGCUUAACGAUGAUGGAGUUUGGACACUUCAUUUCUGUCACUGUGGAAUUGGCCUGCCGCGCACCUAAUGAUGGUGAUUGCAACUUCGAGAAGCCGUUUGGGGCGUGCGGCUACAGCCAGGGACGAGAUGACGACCUUGAGUGGGAGCAGGUCAACACCAAAGAAAAACCUUCUGCAAACCAAUGGAUGCCUCCUGGUUCAGCCUUCAUGAUGGUGAACACGUCAGGCCGUUUCGCCGGACAGAAAGCGCUGCUGCUGAGCCCUCAGCUCAAAGAGAACGACACACACUGCGUCACCUUUCAGUACCUGGUGUCCGGCAGGGAGGCGGGUAGCCCCGGGUACCUAAACAUCUACAUUAAAGAGAACAACAGCCCCACCGGUCUUCCCGUGUGGAACACUUCUGGCCCUGUCAGCAGGAGCUGGACCCAAGUGGAACUCGCUAUCAGCACCUACUGGCCCAACUUCUACCAGAUCAUUUUUGAAGCCGUGACCUCAGGCCAGCGUGGUUUGAUGGCCAUCAAGGAUGUCGUCGUUCAGGGCCAUCAGUGCAUGACUACGCCGCACUUCCUCCACAUUAAAGGAGUGGAGGUGAACGCAGGGCAGACGGCUACCUUUCACUGCACCGUCAACGGGGAGUGGAGAGACAACUUUCACCUGUGGCUGCAGGGUAUCGGUGGACGAGAAGCACCUAUGAAAGCCACUAAACCGUGGAAUAAUCAGCGGUUCAUUGGGAUGUUCGACGUGGUGAACACCACAAAACAGGACUCGGGCCGCUACCGCUGCAUAGUCCAUUCCACCGGGGGAGUAGGAGUGUCCAACUACGGAGAACUGACCAUCAAACAACCCCCAGUGCCCAUCGCACCUCCACAGCUAACAGCAGUGGGCGCCACCUACCUGUGGAUCCAGCUUAACGCCAACUCCAUCAACGGGGACGGGCCCAUCAUCGGCCGCGAGGUUGAGUAUCGUACCGUCUCAGGCACCAUGUAUGACCUGCAGCCUGUGGACAAGGCAUCACACAAGAUUGGCCACCUGGCACCUGAUACAGAGUACGAAAUCAGCGUGCUGCUCACACGGCCACUGGACGGGGGUACAGGGGCGCACGGGCCACCACUCCGGGCUCGUACCAAGUGCGCUGAGCCAAUGCACGGUCCUCGGGAGCUGAAAGUGGUGGACAUCAAGGCCAGACAGGUGACCCUGCGAUGGGAGCCGUUCGGUUACAACGUGACGCGCUGCCAUAACUACAGUCUGACAGUAGAGUAUAGCGCUCGUGGGACCGGGAAAGACGAGACCCGAGAGGAGGUGACAUACGACGGCAAAAACUCCGCCCCUCAGCACACCAUCCACAACCUUACACCCUUCACCAACCUGAGCGUCAAACUGGUGCUGCGCAAUCGAGAAGGGGUGAAGGAGAGCGUCGAGAUCCACGUCCAGACUGACGAGGACGUGCCUGGUGAGGUUCCUUUGGACUCCAUCCAGGCCAGUGUGUAUGAAGAGAAGAUCAUCCUCAAAUGGAGAGAGCCUGCUCACACCUACGGCAUCAUCACCCAGUAUGAGAUCUCCUAUAAAGCCGUGAGUUCAUUCGACCCGGUGCUGGACCUCUCCAACCAGAGUGGCAAAGUGAUCAAACUGGGAAAUGAGACCAGUCACGUGUUCCUGGGUCUCUAUCCAGGCUCGACGUACUCCUUCACCCUGAGAGCCAGCACAGCUAAAGGCUACGGUCCCCCGGCCAUCACUCAAGCCACCACCAAGAUCUCAGCUCCCUCUAUGCCUACAUAUGAUCAGGAGACAUCUCUGAACCAGACUGACAGCACUGUUACUGUCCUCCUCAAACCUGCCCAAAGCAGAGGAGCACCAGUAAGUGUGUAUCAGGUGGUGGUGGAGGAAGAGAGGCCCAGACGAACACGUGGCGGUGAGGCAGAGAUCCUGCGCUGUUACCCCAUCCCCGUCCACUACCAGAAUGCAACAUCGCUCAAUUCUAAGUACUACUUCACAGCAGAGUUCCCAUCUGGGGGCAUCCCAUCACCUCUACCGUUCACUGUGGGAGACAACAGAACCUACAGCGGCUUCUGGAAUGCACCACUGCUUCCCCACAAGAGCUAUAGUGUCUACUACCAGGCUGUCAGCACAGCUAAUGGGGAGACCAAAAUAGACUGCGUGCGAGUUGCCACCAAAGCCGCUAUUUUAGUGACGCAGCUCACUACUCCGUAUAUCCGCAUUGCUCCAGCUGCAGGCGACAACCAACUAACAGGGUCAGCGACGCACAAACCGAACGCGGUGGAGCCGGAAAAACAGACCGACCACACGGUAAAGAUCGCUGGCGUCAUCGCCGGCAUCCUGCUCUUCGUCAUCAUCUUCCUCGGUGUGGUGCUUCUCAUGAAGAAACGAAGAACCUAUCACUCCUACACUUAUUACCUGAAACUGGCGAAGAAGCGUAAGGAGACGCUGAGCAGCACUCGGCAGGAGAUGACAGUGAUGGUGAACUCCAUGGACAAGAGCUACACGGAGCAGGGCACUAAUUGCGAUGAAGCGCUUUCUUUCAUGGACACUCACAACUUGAACAGCCGCUCUGGAUCUUCUCCCUGCUCGCUAACGGUGAAGACAAAUACACUGAGCACAACUCUGCCCAACUCCUAUUACCCAGACCCCUUUGUGCCCACUGCCAUAUUAGACGAGACGCAGACGGUGGCCAGCGACACCAGCAGCCUGGUGCAGUCUCACACCCACGCUCACUCCACACACUCCAUGCACUCCACACACUCCACGCACACACACUCUCUCCGGAAGCGCGAGACGGCAGACGUGCCCUAUCAGACAGGUCAGCUCCACCCGGCUAUCCGCGUGGCCGACCUGCUCGAGCACGUCACCCAGAUGAAGUGCGCCGAGGGAUACGGUUUUAAAGAGGAGUACGAGAUCAACGAGAGCUUCUUUGAGGGACAGUCUGCACCGUGGGACUCGGCCAAGAAAGAUGAGAACCGGAUGAAGAAUCGCUAUGGAAACAUUAUCGCAUAUGAUCACUCCCGCGUGCGUCUGCAGAGCCUGGAGGGCGAGCAGAGCUCCGAUUACAUUAAUGCUAAUUACGUUGAUGUGAGUACAGAAAGCAGCCAGCACCUCUAUGCAAAGCUGCCACAAGUUCGGAUCUCCAAAGAAACAUCCGAAACCGAAACUCAAGUCUACCGCCAAUUAAAGGGCUACCACAGGCCAAAUCACUACAUUGCUACACAAGGACCCAUGCAGGAGACAGUGAUUGACUUCUGGAGGAUGGUGUGGCAGGAAAACACAGCCACCAUUGUCAUGGUUACUAACCUAGUGGAAGUUGGAAGGGUGAAAUGUUGUAAGUACUGGCCGGAUGACACAGAGAUAUACAGAGAUAUGAAGGUGACGCUGAUAGAGACCCAGCUCCUGUCUGAGUAUGUCAUCAGAACAUUCGCUGUGGAGAAGAGAGGGGCACACGAGAUUCGUGAAAUCCAGCAGUUUCAUUUCACAGGCUGGCCGGAUCACGGUGUGCCAUACCAUGCUACAGGAUUACUGGGCUUCAUCCGCAGAGUCAAGGCCAAGUCAGCUGCCAACGCUGGCCCUAUUGUGGUUCACUGCAGCGCGGGUGCAGGCCGGACAGGCUGUUUCAUCGUGAUCGACAUCAUGUUGGAUAUGGCUGAAAGGGAGGGCGUGGUCGACAUCUAUAACUGCGUCCGUGAGCUGCGAUCUCGCCGGGUUAACAUGGUCCAGACUGAGGAGCAAUAUGUCUUUAUCCAUGAUGCCAUUCUGGAGGCAUGUCUUUGCGGUGACACCACCAUUCCUGCCAAUCAGCUCCGUUCCGUGUACUACGACAUGAACCGGUUGGAUCCCCAAACCAACACCAGUCCAAUCAAAGAGGAGUUUAGGACACUGAACAUGGUGACCCCGACACUGCGCGUAGAAGACUGCAGCAUUGCACUAUUGCCACGGAACCACGAGAAGAACCGCUGCAUGGAUGUGCUGCCUCCUGACCGCUGCCUGCCCUUCCUCAUCACCAUAGACGGAGAAAGCAGCAACUACAUCAAUGCUGCUCUUAUGGAUAGUUAUAAGCAGCCUUCUGCAUUUAUCGUUACCCAACAUCCUUUACCAAACACAGUGAAAGAUUUCUGGAGGCUAGUUCUGGACUAUCACUGCACAUCCAUUGUAAUGCUCAAUGAUGUGGAUCCUGCACAGCUGUGUCCUCAGUACUGGCCAGAGAAUGGCGUACAUAGACAUGGUCCAUUGCAGGUGGAAUUUGUGUCAGCUGAUCUUGAAGAGGAUAUCAUCAGCAGAAUAUUUCGGAUUUACAAUGCUGCUCGGCCUCAAGAUGGCUAUCGUAUGGUGCAGCAGUUCCAGUUCUUGGGCUGGCCCAUGUACCGAGACACACCCAUGUCCAAACGUUCCUUCCUCAAACUCAUUCACCAGGUGGACAAAUGGCAAGAAGAAUAUGAUGGAGGAGAGGGACGCACUGUGGUGCACUGCCUAAAUGGAGGUGGACGCAGCGGAACAUUCUGUGCCAUCAGCAUUGUGAGUGAGAUGUUGCGACACCAGCGCACGGUUGAUGUGUUUCAUGCUGUUAAAACUCUGCGGAACAACAAACCCAACAUGGUGGAUUUACUGGAUCAGUACAAGUUCUGCUACGAAGUGGCUUUGGAGUAUUUAAACUCCGGCUAGCUGUGCUUUUGGAUAAAAAAAUUUUUUUUUAAUCAGUGUGUGUACAGCACUAGCAGUUCGGUGCAUGUGUGUGUGUGUGUGUGUGUUUGUGAGUAUGUAUGUGGUCAGCUUGUACAUUACAACAAAUGUUCAUUUAUCUGACCAGGCUUUUUGAACUACUGGGAGUACAGUAUAUUGUCCAGCCGUCUUCUAACUGAAGUGUGUGUUGUAAACAAAGCCAGCUCACAUUCUUCUCUCUUACUUUGGCCCUAUUCUGUGCCCUUCAGUAUCAUUUUCCAGCUUUUGCUCAGGACCGUCUGUGUGUGUUAUUGUAAUGUUUUCCAUUUCCUUGGAAUUGUGUGACGAAACGCGCGAGUGGACACCAUCGAACGCAAGAAUCAAGAAUCUUAAUGAUAUUUUAUUGCGUAAAUCAAUUGUAAUACGUUAACAAGCAGAGUUUCACAUGCCAUCCAUAGCAUCACUGCAUAUUGUGUGCCAUGCUCAAAGGAUCCAAAGCUUUUUUUUUUUUUUUUGGCACUUUGUUUUUGAUAUUGUUUGUUUAUAUUGUAAAUAGGAUCAGUGUAGUGUAUUAUUUAUUCACGCUGUGUAUUUCAGUGACAAUCGUGUACUGGGUUCAUUGUUCGAACGGCCCAGAAUGUAUUGUCAGCUUUGGUUCAUCUUGUUUGUAGAAAUAUUGUACAUGUUUAAAUAUAUACUGUAUGUAUCAUAGCAAAAGGAAAAAAAAAAAAAAAGACUUGAUGUUAUUAUUUAUCUCACAAAAU